CACUGACAUACUCAAUUUCAACUUGUGGUCGGCAACUCCGACUAAACUCAAAGGCUUGUUCCUAUUAAUUUUACACGCAUCCUGUGUUUUAGUUCUCAAUUUAAUCACGAUCUGUUCGUGUAAACAUGAGCAUUGCAUAUUGCAUAGUUGGAACAGACCUAGUUUUUACUCUGGUUAAUAUUGGAAUAAAUUCCAACUUUAUUUUGUUUAUAUUAAUUACAAUUACACUUUGAACUCUGUGUUAUGUGUUCUGUGCUUUGAACUUUGGAAUACUAGCAUAUAAGUACACAAGUCGAGAAAAAUAAAGAAUUGCAUCCAAACGGCAGAUUAGUGUAGUUUAACAAAAUGUUUUCCUCCUGUUCACGACAGUUUGGAAAUCAGUUAAAACGAUUCCAAAGUACUUUGGUCAUUGCAGAGCACAAUAAUGAGGCACUAUUGCCAAUUACUCAAAAUGCUAUAACAGCAGCAAAGAAAUUAGGAUCCGAUGUUUCAGUACUUGUUGCAGGCACCAAAUGUGGACCAGCCUCGGAAGCUGUUGCAAAAGCAGCAGGUGUUACAAAAGUUCUAGUAGCAGAAAAUGAGGCAUUUAAAGGUUUCACUGCUGAAAGCUUAACAACCCUAGUAUUGAAUGCACAGAAGCAGAAUAACUAUACACAUAUUAUAGCGGGGGCGUCAGCAUUUGGAAAAGCAAUCUUACCGAGAAUUGCUGCUAAACUUGAUGUCUCACCAGUGUCUGAUGUUAUCGAUAUCAAAGCUCCAGACACAUUUGUCAGAGGCAUAUAUGCAGGAAAUGCCAUACAAACUGUCAAAGCCAAGGAUGCCAUCAAGGUGUUAACAGUAAGAGCAACAAAUUUUGAACCGACCCCUCUUGAAGGCGGGUCUGCUAAACCAGAACCGAUUGCUGCUGAAGGCUGUGCUCAAGACUUGACUGUCUUUGUAAGUCAAGAACUCACAAAGUCCGACAGACCUGAGCUCACUGCAGCUAAAGUUGUUGUUAGUGGAGGAAGAGGUUUGAAAUCAGCAGACAACUUCAAGCUUCUGUAUGAUCUAGCAGACAAACUGAAUGCUGCAGUGGGUGCUUCAAGAGCUGCAGUUGAUGCAGGAUAUGUUCCAAAUGACUUACAAGUAGGCCAAACGGGCAAGAUCGUUGCUCCUGAUCUUUACAUAGCCGUUGGUAUUUCUGGUGCAAUUCAACAUUUGGCUGGAAUGAAGGACAGUAAAACUAUCGUAGCAAUAAACAAAGAUCCUGAAGCCCCAAUCUUCCAGGUAUCUGACUAUGGGCUUGUUGAAGACUUAUUCAAAGCUGUACCUGAACUUACAAAUAAAUUGUGAAUACUUUGUCCAUGUCAAUUUGCAAAACUAUUUUUUAUAGAUAUUUGAUAUUUUUAUUGUGUAGCAAGGUGAAUCGAAUAUAUGCUUAUUAUUUCAUGACCUUAUCCUUAACAGCCCCUAAAGGAUCAUGUUAGUCCUUACAAGAUUUUUUGACGUUGACCUUGAGUCUCACCUUUAAGGACGAGUAGUACAUGGAAACGUAUUAGGACGUAAAAUUUUCCAUUGCUGGUGCUUUGAACUUUGGAAUACUAAGAUUUAAGUACAGAAGUCGAUAAAAAUAAAGAAUUGCAUUCAAAAUGCAGAUUAGUGUAGUUUAAAUGAUGGUAUUCAAAAAAGUUGAAUUUACUUAUUGUAAUUAACGGUUUUUGCAGUUAAAACGAUUCCAAAGUCCUGGUCAUCGCAGAGCACAAUAAUGAGAGGCACUAUUGCCAAUUAUUCAAUUUGAAUCAAAGGUCAUCAUUAAAAUCCUAAUUAAAGGUAGUAACUGGGCCUGUCCUUAUAAUGUUUUUCAUCGUUAAUCCUGCUAAAGCUCCAGGAAUUUACUCCAUUAGCCGAACACAUUUGACAUUUAAUGACCUUGAUCUUGAAUUUUGAUACAUAGAAUUUUCCGUUUUUUUUUUCUCGAUUGCCGAAGUCUAAAACCAUAUGAUGACCUCGAAAUGAGCUUAUAUGAUAGGCUUAAGGUCAUGUCCAAGGUUACCAUUAAACUCGCAUGUUCAAAGUUAGUAUAGACCUAACUUUGAGCGUCUUCAAAAAUAUCUUACCGGAAAAAAAUACAGAGCCUACUGUUAUUUUUUUACACUCGCCGCUGGUGCGACUGCUGCCAAAAUAUGAGUUUGGUCAAGGCAAUGCGAAACAUUUUUUGAGGUCGUAAAAUAUGUGCAAAAACAAGCAUGUCUUUAUUAAAUGUAUAUCGUAAAAGACACACUUAAAAAAAUUACGUUCAAGCUUAUGCCAGUUCUAAGUUUAAUUGCAUAAUAAGUUAAAAUCUUACAUAAUUA